UUGUAAAUUCGUUUUAUAUUUUUAAUGUAUUAUAUUUUAAUGUUUUGUGAGCCGCCCCGAGGCUUCGGCGAAUGGGGCGGCAUAGAAAUUUUCUAAAUAAAUAAAUAAAGGGAGGAUAGAAGACCACAGGUAAAGGACCACAGCACCAUGUCUCAAAACCAGAAGGACUUGCUAAGUUUGGGUCGACUUGAAUACCUGCAAGCCCUAGUUACUGAAUUCCAGGUAACGGAGAACUCUGAAGCCAAGGAGCAGGUGUUGGCCAACCUAGCUAACUUUGCUUACGACCCCAAGAACUAUGAAUAUCUCAGGCAACUCAAGGUCUUGGACCUGUUUCUUGAUAUGCUAACUGAGGACAAUGGAACCCUUGUGGAAUUUGCGCUUGGCGGCCUUUGUAACCUCUGCUUGGAUAAAAUCAACAAGGACUAUAUCUUGGAGGCAGAUGGGAUAGCAGCUGUGGUCAACUGCCUGUCCAGUUCCAAUGAGGAGACUGUCUUGUCUGCAGUUACUACCCUGAUGUACUUGACGACACCCCAGUCUCGCCAACAGAUCACUGCCCUCCCUGUGGUAGAGUGCAUGCUGCGCUUUUCCCUUUCCACCAACAGGAGGCUACGGAACCUGGCCACCAUCUUCCUUGAAGACUACUGCACCCCUCUUCAGGUCGAGGAGGCUCGGAACCAGACCAAGCACACAGCAGUGGGAAUUCCACUGCCGAAGGAUUAAUGCAGCACUUUGGGCCAGCCAGAGCUAUUUUUCUUGAAUGGAAAGCAGCAUUUUGGCAAAGACAGUUCUAAGGACAGUAUUUGGAGGCCUUCUGCAGCCAAUUUGGAAGGUGGUGUCCUGCUGGCAGAACAAAGGAUCUGAUUCCAAUCCAAUAUCCACUUAAAGGCCUUUCCUUACAUUUGCUUCUGUUAACAGUUCUCACUUAAUGAAGGUAAGAUAUUUUAUUACCCUGUUGCUGCCCUGGUGAGCCAAAUAGUAAUAAAUACUGUGAAUUUGAUGAGAAAAAAGGUGCAUGUCUUUUCCCAUCUAUGUCUUCUGGCUGUUGAUGGGUAAGCACAUCUUUUAUGUAUUUAACAAAGGUGGGCAGUGGUGGCCUACCUAAGUUUAUGCUAUGCAUGUUUUAUCAAGUAUGAAUGGCUAGAAUUGGAAUUAGGCUCUGCUGAAAAUAUCAGAAGCAGUGAACAGAUCUUUCAAAGAAGCUGCUUCUAUAAUGAGAAGGGAAUAGCCUUUACAGUUCACGGGGUCUUUGUAUCUUUGAAAAAAGAGCGACUUCUGGUGGGUCUGAAUUGUACAAAUACAGAUUGUAUAUCAGAAUAUCCAGCUACAUGAGCAGCAAAUAUAAUGUGUUUCUUUCAGAAGGUUAUAAAGCAUUCAGUGGAUUUGUAGCAAUAGGAAGGUAUUCAAUAGCAGUGGAAUGUAGCCAGAGGGUUUAAUGUUACAUGGGACAGCCAUAGACCUUGGGGUUCAGAUUCUAGCCUACAAUAACCAUCUAGGAACUCAGCUUGGGCCAAUGCAGGCCAGCCUCUGUGACAACAGGACAGCUAAGUAAACAGCAUGGUAGGAGAAUCCAGCCCCACUUCUUCCCCAUGACAAAUAACAACAAUGAUGGGCAUGAAGCACUGGCAUCAAAGGGUUGGCCAGGAGAAGUCAGAAAAACUAAGGAAGGUGCUUUCAUAACACUCAUCAGAAUACCAGUGGGCACUUUGCAUUACAUAAUGAUGAAGCUGGGAAAAGUAAGCCAAAAAAGAAGAGACUCUCCAACCUUCUCUGGAAUGCAGAAUUCAUAUCUCCGUAGAGGGCUUGUGCAAAUAAAAACCUCGGUGCUGAAAAGAAACAGGAUUACUAGUCACUAGAGGAAAACAUGAGGCUAGUCGCAAAGUGUUGUGCUUUUCAAAUGGUCCUUACUUGGGCAUUUGGAUCAUUUCUUGCAUUGCUUCGAUAGCUCCAGGAAUGGGAUCCAAAUCCAGAAAGAAGCCUGGUGACUCAUAUACGCUGGCUAACUUAAUCUAAAAAAUCACAUGGAGAAUUUUAUUUCCUCCUGAAAUCCUCUGAGCAUAUGCUUAAAAUUUAUCUAACUUUGGACAACAAUUGGAGAAACCAGAGAAGAUUCCUUGUACAUUACAAAGGUUCAAGAAUCAAACCAUGGUGAUUUUCAAAACCAUAUCCCCUGUAUAUGCUCGAGCAGUGUGAGAGAUAAACCUACCUUUAAAAUUAAGGGAAACUAAGAAUGCAUUUUUAUACAUCCAAGCUUUUUCAGUUAAGGUUUGCUCUUAUGAUUUAUUCCUGUUCGUUUCAUUCUCUCCUCAUACUAGAACGCAGGGUCAUCUGGUGCCGUUGAAUGGUGGGAGAUUCAGGACAGUCAAAAGGAAACCUUUCUUCACACCGUGGAAAGUUAAAUUAUGGAAUUUGGUACCCUAUAAUGCACUGAUGCUGCCAGCUUGGGUAGGUUCAAAAGGGGGCUAGGCAGAGUCAUGGAGGAAAAAGGUGUCAGUGACUAUGAAUCAUGAGGGCUGUGUGGUUCCUCCAGAGGCAAGAGCAGGCUGCCUUGGUCUGUGCACCAGUGUCUUGUGGAACAUGACCGGAGGGUACUGCCAAACUCAUGUCCUCCCUCUGGGCUUCCCAUAGGCAGUUAGUUGGUCGCUGUAUGAACCAAACCUGGGAUUAGGUGGGCUUUUUGUCAUGGCAGCUGGGCUUCUCUUACAUUCUUCAAAUUGUAAAAUUUUAUAAUGCACUUUUUACUCAUGUUAAUAUUUUGUGAAGUACAUUAAACUGGCCUAGAAAUAA